AUGCCCUCAGUUCACACAACGUCGACAACAACUUACCAGACGACGCUUACAACUCACCAGACGACGCCUACAACUCACCAGACGACGCCUACAACUCACCAGACGACGCCUACAACUCACCAGACGACGCCUACAACUCACCAGACGACGCCUACAACUCACCAGACGACGCCUACAACUCACCAGACGACGCCUACAACUCACCAGACGACGCUUACAACUCACCAGACGACGCCUACAACUCACCAGACGACGCCAACAACUCACCAGACGACGCCUACAACUCACCAGACGACGCUAACAACUCACCAGACGACGCCUACAACUCACCAGACAACGCCUACAACUCACCAGACGACGCCUACAACUCACCAGACGACGCCUAUAACUCACCAGACGACGCCUACAACUCACCAGACGACGCCUAUAACUCACCAGACGACGCCUACAACUCACCAGACGACGCCUACAACUCACCAGACGACGCCUACAACUCACCAGACGACGCCUACAACUCACCAGACGACGCCUACAACUCACCAGACGACGCCUACAACUCACCAGACAACGCCUACAACUCACCAGACGACGCCUACAACUCACCAGACGACGCCUACAACUCAACAGACGACGCCUACAACUCACCAGACGACGCUACAACUCACCAGACGACGCUACAACUCACCAGACGACGCCUACAACUCACCAGACGACGCCUACAACUCACCAGACGACGCCUACAACUCACCAGACGACGCCUACAACUCACCAGACGACGCCUACAACUCACCAGACGACGCUUACAACUCACCAGACGACGCCUACAACUCACCAGACGACGCCUACAACUCACAGACGACGCCUACAACUCGCCAGACGACGCCUACAACUCACCAGACGACGCCUACAACUCACCAGACGACGCCUACAACUCACCAGACGACGCCUACAACUCACCAGACGACGCCUACAACUCACCAGACGACGCCUACAACUCACCAGACGACGCCUACAACUCAAGAG